UCCGCCGUCCUAGUAAUUUUUUAUUGGCACAGGUCUCUUAUUCGAUUGAUUUCGUUGAUGUUUUUUCAUUCAACCGGUGUUUUUGUUUUGGGUUGCAGAAUUUUUUAAUUUCAUUUUUCUGUUCGUGAAGUUUGGAAUUAAAUCUCUAAAUAUGAUUAAGAACGCUGUAUCUCUUGUUACUGGCGGAGCCUCUGGUUUGGGCCGUGCCACCGUUGAACGUUUGGCCAAACAGGGAGCCCGUGUUGUAUUGGCUGAUUUGGGCAGCUCAAAGGGCAAUGAAGUUGCCAAGGAGUUGGGUGACAAUGUUGUUUUUGUUCCUGUGGAUGUUACUUCUGAAAAGGAUGUCACAGCCGCUGUGCAAACUGCCAAGGAUAAAUUUGGUCGUUUGGAUUUGGCUGUAAAUUGCGCCGGUACUGCCACCGCCGUCCGUACCUACAACUUUAACAAAAACACUGCCCACAGAUUGGAAGAUUUCACCCGUGUAUUAAUGGUCAACACUGUUGGUACCUUUAACGUGAUUCGUUUGUCCGCUGGUCUUAUGGGCACCAAUGAACCAAACCAAGACGGUCAACGUGGUGUUAUUGUCAACACUGCUUCCGUUGCUGCCUAUGACGGUCAAAUUGGUCAAGCUGCCUACUCUGCUUCGAAGGCUGCUGUUGUUGGCAUGACUUUGCCUAUUGCUCGUGAUUUGAGCACUCAAGGUAUUCGUAUCUGCACCAUUGCCCCUGGUCUCUUCAACACUCCCAUGUUGGCUGCUCUUCCCGAAAAGGUGCGCACCUUCUUGGCCAAGUCCAUUCCCUUCCCCCAACGUUUGGGUGAACCAUCUGAAUACGCCCAUUUGGUUCAGGCCAUCUAUGAAAAUCCAUUGAUGAAUGGUGAAACUAUCCGCAUUGACGGUGCUCUCCGUAUGCAACCUUAAGGUUAAAAUUGAUUUUUAAUUUUUUUUUCUACAUUUUGAUUUUUUACCAAGAUUUGCAUUUAUUUUCAAAUAUUCUUUGUUAUAGCUACUAAGUUCUAACUCAAGUCCUUUGAUGUUAUGUGCCAAGCAAAAUAACUCCUGUUUUUAAAACAAAAAUCAUUAUGCAAAGUUUAAUAAAUAUAUUUUCAUACAAAGUCAA